CUUCUGGGGCACUCGGCCGCUCACCCACCAGCACAGAUUGCACCGCUUAAGCAAGGCUUUGAGCUGCCUCCUCACAUCUCUCUCUUGCUCGCGCUCUCUCUCUCUUUCACUUUUGUUCCUGCUUGUCCCUUGGAGACAAUCCCAAGCUAGCAGCAGCCCAGAAAGCUGCAGAGGCAUCAGACCCGCUGGGGACGGUGGCUCCUGCAGCCCGUGCUGCCCAGCCUGCCUUGCCACUGGAGAGACCAGGACAAACUGUUGCCUAUGGACGCCAGCAUACAGAAACCGCUCCUGGGAGCGCCUGACUCAGCCUAUCAGACCUUCCCGCAGAGGAAUGCCCACCAGCUGGACCGGGAAUACAUCAGAACCCUUCAAAACAAGCGGCUCUUUCUAGCAGCUUUCGCUGCAGUCCUGGGGAACUUCAAUUUCGGGUACGCACUGGUUUACACAUCCCCUGUGAUCCCUGCCUUGGAAACAUCCAACAUUCCCACCUUGAAAAUCACCCGGGUGGAGGAAUCCUGGUUUGGGUCCGUGUUCACGCUGGGCGCUGCCGCAGGGGGUCUCAGCGCCAUGCUCCUGAAUGACCGCCUGGGUCGGAAGCUGAGCAUCAUGUUCUCAGCCAUCCCUUCUGCUGUCGGAUACGCCUUCAUGGGCAGUGCCCAGGGAGUCUGGAUGCUGCUGCUGGGGCGACUGCUGACGGGCUUCGCAGGCGGCGUGACGGCGGCAUCCAUACCGGUCUAUAUCUCUGAGAUCUCCCACCCUGGGGUCAGAGGAACUUUGGGCGCCUGCCCUCAGAUCAUGGCUGUCCUUGGCUCCCUCGUCCUCUAUGCCCUGGGCCUGAAGCUCUCCUGGCGCUGGCUGGCCGUGGCUGGGGAAGUGCCUGUUCUCACUAUGAUCAUCCUGCUCUGCUUCAUGCCCAACUCACCCCGUUUCCUCAUCUCGAAGGGGAAGGACGACGAGGCAGUCAGGGUGCUGCGCUGGCUCCGGGGACAGAACACGGAUUUCCACCGGGAAUUUGAGCAAAUCAAAGAAAGCGUGAGGCAACAGAGCAGACGGAUUUCCUGCGCGGAGAUCAAGGACCCGUUCAUUUACAAACCAAUCCUGAUCGCGGUGCUAAUGAGGUUCCUGCAGCAGCUCUCGGGCGUCACCCCCAUCCUGGUGUAUUUGCAGUCGAUAUUUCAGAGCACAGCUGUGAUAUUGAAGCCGGAGUACGAUGCAGCUAUCGUAGGGGGAGUUCGCUUGGUGUCUGUGCUCAUCGCCGCUUUCUCUAUGGACAAAGCUGGGAGGAAAAUUCUUCUCUUCAUAUCGGCUGGGAUCAUGCUUGCCUCAAACCUGAUCCUGGGGCUCUACAUCCACUACACGUCGCUGCCUUCUCACAACUCUACCACGACCAUCGUUAACGGGACGCUAGUGAGCCCAGAAAGCCUUACUGCAAAACCCUCCGGCUACAUCACCCUCAUCCCCCUGGUGGCUACCAUGCUCUUUAUAAUGGGUUAUGCCAUGGGCUGGGGCCCCAUCACCUGGUUGCUGAUGUCAGAGAUCCUCCCUCUGAAGGCCCGUGGGGUGGCAUCAGGCCUCUGUGUCCUCGUGAGCUGGCUCACGGCCUUUGCGCUGACCAGAUUCUUCCUGCUGGUAGUGCAAGACUUCGGGCUUGAAGUCCCGUUCCUGUUCUUUGCGGUCAUCUGCGCAGGGAACCUCCUCUUCACGGGUUGCUGCGUCCCAGAGACCAAAGGCCGAUCCCUGGAGCAAAUCGAAUCCUACUUCAGGACUGGGCGGAGAUCCCUUAUGAGGAACCAUAUAUGAGAAUCUUUAGGAGCACCACCCUUCAGCUGAGCUUUCAAAACAAAAUCUGACAUGCAAGGGGACAAGAAAAAUUUUGUGCUGCUAGAGGCAGAACCUGGCAUUUUCUCUGUACCGACCAGGCCUACAUACACCGUGCAUGCAGGCUCGUUGGUGACUGUCUAGUUUUGGAUGGAACCAUUGUCCUUGAGAAUCACACACUGGAAUUUCACCUUCUUUUCAUGAGUCACUCAACACUAUUCUAAGGAACCACUGGUCUCUGGACAGAAUGUUAACGACCUGGAAUUUCUAUCUGUGCGGCUAAUUUUAACCUAGAUAGCAAUACCAGCUCCAGCACAGUACUGGAGGUAAAGAGGGCUCCUUAAAGUCAAACAAACAGUCUGUGGACCGGAGAAAACCAGCCGUUUCUUAACACAGCCUGUAAGAGCAAAGCAGCCCAGGGGAAGCAGGGGUUAAAUCAAGAGCUUACAUUGCUGGCCACUGCCCAGGGUGGGUUGGCAAAGGCGCUUUGUGCAGUUGCAACAAUUAAGUGGUUUUGACUCCCA